AGCCACUAUUAUAUGGAGAGACAGAUAGGGAAGUUAGAAUAUUGUUUUAUGAAAAUAGCAGCAGCCAAAUCCAAGUGGAAUGGGCAGUGUGUAUAAAAUGUAUUUUCUGCUGCUUCUUAUUGGAGUCCUGGCCUUUGUGUCAAACCAGGUGGUUGAAGACUCUCAUUCAGCAGUUAAAUUCCUCCCUGGUUUCAGAGGACCCCUUCCUUUUAAUCUUCAGACUGGGUAUGUGGGGGUAGAUGAAUCAGAGGAUGUGCAGUUGUUCUAUUAUUUUGUUGAGUCGGAGAGAAAUCCGAUGGUGGAUCCUCUUAUUCUGUGGUUGACAGGAGGCCCUGGUUGUUCUGGCUUCACUGCUCUUGCUAAUGGAAUAGGUCCACUAUAUUUUAGGGAAGAGAGGUACAAUGGGACUUUGCCUACCCUGUAUUCAAAUCAUAACACAUGGACAAAGAUAGCUAGUAUGAUAUUUUUGGACUUGCCAGUCGGUACUGGUUUCUCUUACGGAAGGACAUCUGUAGCUUCUAGCUCCAAUGACAGCCAAGCUUGUGCUCAAGCUGUCCAGUUCUUAAGGAAGUGGUUACUUAGUCAUCCUAAAUUCCUUUCAAAUCCCUUCUACGUUGGUGGAGACUCUUACGCGGGAAUAUUUGUUCCAAUUGUCACUCAAAUCAUCUCAAAUGAAAAUGAAGCAGCUAUUGAACCGUCUAUUAAUCUUAAGGGUUACCUAGCUGGAAAUCCUUUAACAUCUUAUGCUGACUCAAACUUUUCAAUCCUAUUUUCACAUGGAAUGGGAAUUAUAUCAGAUGAACUAUACGAGUCACUGAGGAGAAGUUGUGGGCUCUAUCAUCAGAAAUCAGAUCCUGACAGUGCUGAAUGUUCACAAAGUCUAGAGGUUUACGAGCAGUGCACCAGUGGACUUAAUCAGUACAAUAUUUUGGAGAAAAAAUGUGACCGACAUGAACCUCAGCUGCGCAGAUCACUGUCUGUUGACAAAAGAGCUGCUAUAGAUAGAUCUGGAGAGUCAUCACUUUCUGCGUUGGAAUGUCCUGUUGCUGCACUCUCGCUUUAUGGUUACUGGUUUAAUGAUGAGAGUGUACAAGAAGCACUGCGUAUCAGAAAGGGAACCAUAGGCACCUGGGUAAGAUGCAACCAGGACAAUUUGGCAUAUGAAAUUCUAAUUACGGACGUUAAACCAUAUCAUGCAAAUCUCAGCACAAAGGGUUAUAAAUCUCUCAUAUUCAGUGGUGACCAUGAUUUUAUAAUUCCAUUUCAAUCCACCCAAGCUUGGAUAAGAAAUCUAAACUACUCUAUCAUCGAUGACUGGCGGCCGUGGAUUGUAGAUGGCCAAUAUGCCGGUUACACAAGGACUUACUCCAACAAAAUGACAUUUGUUACUGUGAAGGGAGGAGGUCACACAACUUCACAAUACAAUCCUCUAGAAACUUAUGUUCUCUUUGAAAGAUGGAUAUCAGACCAAUCUCUGUAAACACUCUUCCGAUACAAGUUUGUUUCAAUAACUCAGAUAUGCUGAUAAGGAAUGUCUCCAUGUUCAUUGUAUCAGAUCAUAUUCUAAUAAUUCUCCUACUAAACAUGAAAUGCUCUAUGUACUAAAUAUGUGUAAGAUUUACUAUGUUGAUUCGUAUUUUUCCAUUC